AUGUACUUACAAUCUAAGAAGUUACAACUAUUAAUUUGGCGAGUCGUAACGUAUUACGUACGGUUAGGAACGCUGUCCUUGUACACUAAGUCUGCGCCCUGGCUUUUGUGCUUCACGCGAUACCUAAGUCUCUCUAGCCUCAGCUUCUUGCUCCCCAGCCAGACGUUACAUGUCCAAUUAGGGUCUAUAUUGCUAGGAAAUAUUGACUUUUUAAGACGUACUACAGUACGUAGGGGCAGAGAUGUGAGCCUUACGUUCACGUACUACGGUUACGUACUACGGACUGUUGGAAGCGCUGCCGUCAGCAAUUCUUCAGGUGCUUUGUCGUCCGGACGAGGUCUAGGCGAGCCAAAGUUCUACGUUAACGAAACACGGUUCAACGGUGACUGGGGGCGUCCACAGCGGGACGGCCCGGCACUCCGUGCUACCGCGCUGAUCACCGAAGCAAAGGAGAGGGUUUGGCCAGUUGCACAAAAUGACUUGAACUACGUUGCUCGGUACUGGAAUGACACUGGCUGCGACUUGUGGGAAGAAAUCAGAGGAUCAUCAUUUUUUACCACUGCCGUCCAGCACCGAGCUCUAGUUGAAGGGUCAGCGCUUGCUCAGGAGCUAGACCUCCCAACUGCAAGUUACAAUUCUCAAGCCUCGAAUAUUUUGUGUUUCCUUCAAACUUUCUGGAAUGGCAGGUACGCCAUUGCGAACAUCAACACUGCGAUUCAAAGAACCGGUAUUGAUGCGAACACUGUUCUCACCUUCAUUGCUACUUUUGAUCCGGAAGCCAAAUGUGACAACACGCUCUUCCAACCUUGCUCAUCCCGCGCACUUGAAAGUCUAUAUGUCUACUUUGGUGGCAAUCCAUGGUAUCUCACUACUCUAGCUGUUGCCGAACAACCCUACGAUGCUAUCCAGCAAUGGAGAACACUCAAUACACUUACCAUCGCUGACACCGACCUCUCGUUCUGGCAAAUGGUUUACCCGUCAGCUGAAACUGGGACAUAUGAGAUUGGGGACCCUGAGUUCAACACCCUGCUCAACGCAGUUCUCAGUUUCGUGGACAAGGAAGUAGAAAUAGUUCACAAAUAUCUACCUUCAUCCGGAGCUCUAGCUGAGCAAUAUAGCAGAGAAAACGGUACGGCUUUUUCCGCGCGCGACCUCACCUGGUCCUAUGCCUCGUACGUGACAAUGCGGGGUGCUCGCCUCGCAGCAACAAGCAACUACGCACAAGCCUCCUCCGCCCCGGGAACCUACACUCCAGCAGUAGCAGCGGGGGCUCCACCUGGCGCAGGAGGUUGUACAAUCAUCGUUACUUUUAACGUUAACGCUACGACCUUCUACGGCGAGAAGAUAUAUCUGACAGGCAAUACCGCCGACCUUGGGAAUUGGAGCGCGUCAGAUGCUCUGUCGGGAAGUGCGGUUGGAUAUACAGAUCAGCGCCCGCUGUGGUCAUUUGAACUCGAACUUCCGGGGAAUAGUUCGAUCGAUUAUAAGUACCUAAGGAAGGAGCCUAGUAGAACAAACAUUUUGGAGACCACCAAUCGCACGUAUUCGAUUCCGGUUUGUGCGAACCAGGCGGGGGGAAGUGCUAUGGUUGAGGAUGCUUGGGUUGAUCUGACUAGGACACCGAGCCGGAGGCUCACCCAGUCGCUGCCAAACGUCCAGCUAGUUGGCUUGACCAAGACUCCCCUCUUCCUUCCCACGCUUACUAUUUCGUUCCUGAUUCUUUCCUACUCUCUUUCCUAG